AUGCUGGGGGCUGUGUGUAUCGCCGUCCUGCUGGGCUACGCCUACGGACAUGGGCAGCCGGCAGUGCAACCGGUGUUAGGCUCUCGUGUGGUGGGCGGUGAGGAAGCCACUCCUCACAGCUGGCCGUGGCAGGUCUCACUGCAGUACAAAUACUCUGGUGGCUGGAGCCACACCUGUGGAGGAAUCCUCAUCUCUCCCAGCUGGGUGCUGACAGCUGCACACUGUUACAGCAAGAGCCUGACGUACCGCGUGGCGCUGGGAAAGCACAACCUGUCAGAGGAAGAAGACGGCGCGGUGGUGGCUGAGGUGGAGGACUUCAUUGUGCACGAGAAGUGGAACGCCUUCCUCAUCACCAACGACAUUGCAUUGAUCAAGUUGUCAGAGCCAGUGGAGGAGAGUGACACCAUCCAGGCUGUCAGCCUGCCACCCAGUGGGCUGGAACUGGAGAACGACUACCCCUGCGUGGUCACUGGCUGGGGAACCCUCCGAAGUAAGAGGGGUGACACAGAGGGAACUGAAUGGGGUCAGCAUUGGACAUGGCUGCAACUUGAGGCUGUCAUUGCAGCUAACGGGCAGCUGGCGGAGGUCUUGCAGCAGGCCGUGCUGCCAGUCGUGGACUACGCAACGUGCUCACAGAGAACCUGGUGGGGCAGCCAGGUGACGACUUCCAUGUUGUGUGCUGGUGGUGACGGCCAGGUCGGGGCAUGCAACGGGGAUUCGGGUGGACCUCUGAACUGCCAACGGAACGACGUGUGGGAGGUGCACGGCAUCGUCAGCUUUGGCUCCGGCUGGGGCUGCAACGUCGCCAAGAAACCAACAGUCUUCACAAGGGUGUCCGCCUACAUCGACUGGAUCAACGAGGUGAGAGCAGAGCUCUUGGUGCGUGUUCUCUCCGUCCUUCUCCAUGUGAAGGCCUGACCACGGUCUCAUCCUUUUGUCUUUGGCAGAAAAUCGGUGAGAACUGAGGAUGCGCAGAGCAGAUCACGUAUGGUGGUGUGCAAUAAAGGGAAACAACCGGCCUCGU